UUCAUUAAACAACACAAAUAUCAAAUAGUUCAAAGCACUCUUAAUGACAUUUUAUAGCUGUUACUUCAGAAAUGUACUUUUACACAUAUUUAUUGAAAAGACUAAUCAUUUCUCCCUUUAAUUUUUCUCUCUCAUCCUGGACUGGAACAUGCUUCAUUGACUUCAUUGAUAUGGCCUGGUGUGAUUUGUGUGUCUGCCAUGACGACAGACGAGGCGGAGAGCAUUCAUAAGAAACAGGUGUGCGAGCAGCAUCAAGAAGAGGAGGACCCCACUGCUCAGGAGCCAGGCCCCACUGACACAGCUCAGGACAGCCCCUCGGGCACCUCGCUGCCCCCUGGGGGCUCGGAGGAAGAACGGCAGCUAAAGCCGCGGCAGCGCACAUCCGCUGGCCGCGGCCUCUCCCGCCUCUUCUCCUCCUUCCUGAAGCACCGUUCACAGUGCUCGGAGGGUGAGGGAGUGGAGACGGAGAGGGCCCGGGAGGAAGGCUGCGACGAACCCAAAGCUCCCAUUGCAGACCCUGAGCCAGAACUACGCUUAGAGGGUGAUGUUGCACUAGACCAGCACUCAAUCAGCAGUGCUGAAAACCAGCAAAUCGUAGCAGAUCAAAAGGAAGACGCAGAGCUGGAGUCAGGAAAGGGAGAAAAGGUGGAGAAGGGGGAGAAGGAGAAGAAAGAAAAGAAAGUGAAGAAGGAAAAGGCAGAUAAGGAGAAGACAGAGAAGAAAGAGAAGACAGAAAAGAAAGAGAAGACCGAGAAGAAAGAGAAGACCGAAAAGAAAGUGAAGAAGGAGAAGGAGAAAAAGGAGAAGAAAGAGAAGAAGAACGAGAACAAGGCCAAAGCUGUGGAGAAAGAGAAGGAGCGUGAAACAGAUAAAGAGCAAGCAGAGGAAGAGCCCAAAGCAGAAGACACAGGGGGACCAGAAACAGAGGGAAAGAUGGAAGAGGAAAAAGAAGGCGAGAAAGGGGAGGAGGAGAACACAGCUGAGGAGGAAGGGAAGAAGCACAAAGCAUCCCGCCGCCCCAGGAUCAUGCACUGCAAAGUCAAGCUGCUGGAUGAUACAUUGUUCGAGUGUGAGCUGGAUAAACAUGCCAAAGGCCAGGACCUGUUUGCAAAGGUGUGCGACCACCUGAACCUGUUAGAAAAGGACUAUUAUGGUCUAGCCAUAUGGGAGACACCAUCAAUAAAGACAUGGCUAGACUUUACCAAGGAAAUCAGACGACAAGUACAAGGCACCAACUAUGAUUUCACAUUUAAUGUGAAGUUCUACCCACCUGAUCCAGCUCAGCUAUCAGAGGACCUCACCAGGUACUACCUGUGUCUGCAGCUGAGAAAGGACAUCAAGAGUGGCCGUUUGCCCUGCUCUUUUGUGACUCUGGCCCUGCUUGGCUCUUACGCCCUGCAGUCUGAACUGGGUGAGUACGACCCGGAGGUCCACGGCACUGACUAUGCCAAGGAUCUCCAGCUGAUCCCAGGACAGACCAAAGAACUUGAGGAAAAGGUCAUGGAGCUGCAUCGCACAUACAGGUCUAUGAGCCCAGCUCAGGCUGAUAUGAUGUUCCUGGAGAACGCCAAAAAACUUGCCAUGUAUGGGGUUGACCUCCACCAAGCCAAGGAUCUGGAUGGGGUGGAUAUCAUGUUGGGUGUCUGUUCCAGUGGUCUGAUGGUGUAUAAAGACAAGUUGAGGAUUAAUCGUUUUCCAUGGCCGAAAGUUCUCAAAGUCUCCUACAAACGCAGCAGUUUCUUCAUUAAGAUACGGCCAUCUGAUUUGGAGCAUUAUGAAAGCGCCAUUGGCUUUAAACUGCCUAACUACACGGCUGCCAAGAAACUGUGGAAAGUGUGUGUGGAGCAUCACACAUUCUUCAGGUUAGUGUCCACAGAGGCGGCCACCACUCCCAGGAAGUUCCUGGCUCUGGGAUCAAAGUUCCGUUUCAGCGGGCGAACUCAGGCCCAAACCCGUCAGGCCAGCUCCAUGAUUGACAGACCCGCCCCCCAUUUCCAGCGCUCUGCCAGUAAGAGGGCGUCACGCAGCUUAGAUGGAGCCAUGGUUUCGACCCCGGAUAAGAACACCCGUCCGGUCAGCGCUCCCAUCAUGUCUCCCAUCUCCCCGGGCGAUGCAGCUCCUUCUCCAGUGGUGCCAUCUGCCGCCCGCACGGAUCGUAAAGAGACAUCCACACCCACAGGCCGACCACGCUCCACUGAGAGGAAGAGUGAGAUGAAGGCAGAAGCCCAUGUGACUGACAGCUCCAAAACACACAGCACCAAAGCAGAGGGCACACCUGAAAUAAAGACGGUAGCCCGGCGAGAACGGCGCCACCGUGACGCCCAGGUGGUGACGACCACUAAUGGGGAGAGAAAGAGCCAGUCACCACGGGCAGACACAGAGGUGGUGCGCAUGAGGAAGAAAAGAGCAAAGAAAAUUGAGGGUGAAACUAUUUAUAUCAGACAUAGCAAUUUAAUGUUGGAGGAUGUGGAAAAGACCCAGACAGAGAUCUUGCGUCAUCACACUAGCAUCAGUGAGCUCAAGCGCAGCUUCAUGGAGUCGGCUCCAGUUCCACGGCCCAGCGAGUGGGACAAACGCUUGUCAACCCACUCGCCCUUCCGCACCGCCAGCAUCAACGGCCAGAUGCAGCCUGACUCUCCUGUGGUGAAGACAAAAACUAUCACCAUUUCUGAUGUCACCAACCCCCUUCGCGGCGAAAUCGCCACCAAGGACAUUCCAAUAGUGCACACAGAAACCAAGACCAUCACUUAUGAGUCUGCACAGCCCAAUGCAGUGUCGGAGAAGGAGUCUGGAAUGCUGUUGAGUGCUCAGAUGAUCACAUCAGAGACUGUGAGCACCACCACUACAACCCAGAUCACCAAGACUGUGAAAGGCGGAAUCUCAGAGACCCGUAUCGAGAAGAGAAUUGUGAUCACUGGAGACACUGAGAUUGACCAUGAUAAGGCUCUUGCUCAGGCUAUAAAGGAAGCAAAAGAGCAGCAUCCUGACAUGUCGGUCACUAAAGUGGUCGUUCAUCAGGAAACAGAGAUCACCCCUGAGUAACAUCUAAAUGAGACCCCGGGUGAAAAAAGCGGAACCAGCCGGGUUUAUGAAUGUGAAAAAACAACGCAAGAGUCCUCACGUCCAGCCCCUUACCAUCAACCACCCAGCCCGUCCCCGCAGGAAACAUCCCACCCAUGAACCUCUGGCUGAGACGCAACAUUCCAAACCCUACACAUCUGUCAGACCUCGAGCGUCAAUACUGCAGACUGAGCCUCCGCCCUGCAUUCAAGAGCAGAAUUAAAAUAGCAAAGAGCAGUCCUCAUCUAUUCUCUAGCUCGAAUGGACUUUUCUUAAAAACCUCCACCACAUUCGAGACAUUCCGUCACAGACUAAACCAUGUUAAAAAUGUUUUCUAAAACAGUGGCAAAUGAAUAUCUUUGUAUUUUAAAUUCAUGUUUUUAAGGUGGAUUUCAAAGGGAUGGUUCACACGUGUAGUGGGUGGUGGGAAGAACAGUUUUCUAAAAUGUCAGUAUUUUUUUUAUUUCAGAUAUUUUUCGGAAUUGGUUAACGUGACAUCUUAUUGUUGUUACCGUGUUUUUUUCUUUAAUAAUCUGGAAUAGUUCAUUCAAAUACUGUAAUUCUGUUAUUAUUUACUCACCCUCAUGCUCAAUAGCAUCGGCCCCCAUUCACUUUCGUUGUAAUAAAGAGACAUUCAUCUGAACAUUUAAUCUUGUGUUCCAAAUGAACAAAAAUCAAGUGAUACAGGUUUAGAACAACAUGAGGGUGAGACAAUAAUGAAAAAAUAAUCCUUUUUGGGUUGAGCUAUGUCAUUCUGUUUUGAAGCUCCAUGUUUUAUGUUCCUCCUGAUGUGAUGGUAUCCUUUGGUUUUGGCUGUAAAACUAAGGUGUUACUUUCAUUGAAAAUGUUGAAACAAUUUCAAAUGUUUUCUUGUGUUUUACUUUGUCAGCGGUAUGUAAAUGUUUUUCUUUUGUUUGUUGGUAAUGUCCUGUGUCAUGGAUUGGGGUCCAUUGAGGAUGGGGUGUGGUGUUGUAGUGUAACUACACUCUAUGAUACGGUCUAUUUAUUUUCAUCUGUUUUAUUUCUUGUUGGUGUGUGUACUUUGCAUUUUAGAUGCCCUGCUCUCUUAAUGCAGCUUUGACGUUUUUGUAUUAGAUUCAGCAUCCCAAACACCAGCUCCUGUCAGUUUUUAAAUGGGAUUUGCAGGGAUAACUUUGUUCAUUCAGUAUAUUUCUACUUUUCUACUAGAGGGGGCAGUAUGUUCUUACCCAUGAGGUCUAUUGCAGAGCUGCACAGCCCUUAAAGAUUAUAAAGGCACAUAGAAGCGAUUUUAGAUCAAUUGAAAUUGAUUGGUCAUGAGUGGAUUUAAUUAGCGACGGUAAUUAAAUGUGCCUAGCAUUGAUUUGAAAGUGAUCAGACAGAUUUGACGGCAAAUUACGAUGUGUUUUAGUCAUUCAUCGAGUCAUUUAAACCACUUUAAAAGCCAGAAUUAAAGGUUCUUGUUUUGCAAUGCAGUUCUGAAAUCGAAAAAUAAUGUCGUAAUUUUACGGAUUUUAUAUUGUGCAUCAACUAUGGCCAUAAUGCAAGUGCUCUUGUGGUAAAACAUACUGCCUCACGUUCAGCACGUCCAGUUUUUAAAUGUCUAUUUUAAAAUGUUACGCUUUUAUAAUAGUUCAGAUAGUAUCCUGUACAGAGACCAAAAUGUAGUUCGUUCAGUGUUGUUUUCAUCAUUGUGACACUCUUUCCUAUGCUAUUGUCUGAGGUGAAGAAAUGACGGGAAUGGUAGUUUUAUUCUCAAGUUCUUGAUCUUCUCAUCUUAGCCCUCUUUGUUUGCCAUUACUGAAAAAAGACAAAUGUGAAAAUAUAGCACCAUGCACUGAAUAAACUCCAAUGUAGACACAAUCUUUCACUUUCAUUAGUAGUAUAUAUACUGUAUAUGGUAUGUAGAAUCUCUUUAUGUGUAACUUUACCUACACGUCUG